GACUCGGGCAGCGUUGCGCCAGCGCCGGGCUCGCUGUGUCUGCGCCUCGGGCUGUUUCAUUACGGGCCGUGGGCGAACGCCUGAGACACCCUCUGCGAGCUUCCGGCGAGGGACGGGCCCGGGAAUGCGGGAGCCUCGCCGCACGUGGACUGUCAAGUAGUCAGUAAAUAAAACGUUUGGCUUCAACGUCGCCCCUUGCCCAUGUCUGUUAGCCGGAGAGAGCGCGUGGAAGAGACUGUCCAGUUGGGCCAAUAACAGAUAAUGGAUAAUGAUGAUGACGACGACACCCCUCAGCUUUCAUCCCACACACUGGCUGCCCUGCAGGAGUUCUAUGUAGAUCAGCAGCAGAGAGGGGGCACAAAGAUCUCUGAAGGGUUUAAACAGUAUUCUGUUGGCUCAAUAGAGGAGGACUGGCAAUUGAGCCAAUUCUGGUACAAUGAUGAAACUGCAUUGUGCCUCGCUAAUGAAGCAAUUCUGGCAGCUGGAAAAGGUGGCAGAAUAGCAUGCAUUAGUGUACCAAGUGUUUACCAGAAACUGAAAGAACAAGAUGGCAAAGAUUUUUCAGUGUGUAUACUGGAAUAUGACAGAAGAUUUUCUGUAUAUGGAGAGGAAUUUAUCUUCUAUGAUUACAACAAUCCAUUGAAUAUACCUGAAAAUCUCAUACCACACAGUUUUGACAUGGUUUUAGCAGAUCCACCCUACCUGUCUGAGGAAUGUCUCAGAAAAACAUCAGAGACCAUCAAAUACUUAACAAAAGGAAAGAUUCUGCUCUGUACAGGUGCCGUCAUGGAGGAGCAGGCAGCGAAGCAUCUUGGUGUGAAGAUGUGCAAUUUUAUUCCAAAGCAUACUCGAAAUUUAGCCAAUGAAUUUCGAUGUUAUGUGAAUUAUGAUUCUGGACUAGACCGUGAUUUUAGCUGUUCAGAAUGUACAUAAGCUAAACAGUGUAUCAAUCAAGUUCACUCAUUCCUUUUUUUCAAUUAUGUCUGUGAUUCUCAUUGCUUUAUUAAAGGUGCUGCUCCAGGUAA